CUCUCAAAUCGCCGUCUCUCACCUGCUUCCCUCCAGGAUUACGUAACCCUCCCCACGCCGAUCGUCUACGGUCCCAGUCUGUGUUCAGUUGACAAGGUGUUGCGCUAGUUUUCGCAGGUCGCGACAUACUUGAACAACAGUUUGCAGCAGUUUGAAAAUAAUAAGAAAACGCUGCAGUUUUUUCUUUAUUAAUCACUGGAUAUUUUGGCAAAGUCCCAGCUUGAUGGUCUUUAAGUUCCAUUCCUGCUUCAUGCUCAAUAUCGGAAUGCCACCGGAAACACCCACUCGCAGACGCAACGACGAGAACGGAAACGGCAUGAUGGUUGGUGAUUUCAACCACACGCCCAACCACAACAACAACAAUAUAAACAACAACAACAAUGUCACCAAGAUUGGCACUCUCUCGCCUCAAAACUCCUUGAGUCUGCCCGAACCUCCGUCUGCUACACAAUCUCUACUUCUGCCGCCGAACAAUCCAAACCGAGAAAGACGUUUGAGUUCUUCCUCCUGCGAUUCUUCCCAUUCCGGAACCGCCAGGCGCCGGAUGAGACGGAACUCGUCUUCGCGGCUGUCGGAGCUGGAUGAGGCGAAGAACGAGGUCACCCUGCUGACCUUCGUCAAAGGAGCGCAGACGGCGUACAAGAAAGUAGGUCAGGGCGUGCGGAAGGCGGUGGGGAAGCUUUUCGUUCCCAAACAGAACAAGCCAAAGCUGGUUUAUGAGGCUGAGGUCAUGGAACAGGUGGCUUGGAUCUGUAAGGAUUACGUCAUUAACAAAUUGACCUCUCGAGACUUAAUGAGCCGAAAAGUCGGACUCGCACCGGUCAACUUUAAAACCUCGGUCCACAUCAUCAACGCGGGGGCGGCCCUGGAGAUCCUGUACCCCCGGACCUACUCCAACGUGUCCCGGAAAUUGUGCCUGACCAUGAGCUCCACGAAAAUUGUCCGUGCUACCCUCACGCUCUUUCUGGAAAUUUUAUUCGAGGGAACCAUAAGUUGGGGGAAGGGCUUCAUUAAAAGUGUAAGCUUAAAGCUUUUAACAGUAUUUUCAGAAUAG